AAGGCGACCAAAUCAAUAGUCACAGGCACAGUCCUUUUAGCACGUUGCGUGGUUGUUAAUUCAUAAUAUCCCAAAUGGAAAUUUAUUAGGAAUACGCAAUCAGUGUUAAAGCAUGAAGUUUAUCGUAGUGACUCGAUUCGUCUCAUGUUCCCUGCUGAUACAUGUUGCCAUAUCUAGUACCGUUUUUAUAUCGGAUUUCGGUAUGUCGAAAAUGAUCGAACUCAGUACAAAAUCCCCUUAUUGCGUGGUGCAAAUUGAUAGAGGUAAAAUUAGAGACAAAUUAUUAGCGUCCGAUCCUCGUAGAGUAAGAAAAAUGUCCGACGAAUCAGUAGAAAAUUUAAUAAAAGUUUGUAAUAAGAGUAUUCAGUCACCGCAUCAAGGCGGGUUUAUAUACCCGGGAACAAAAUGGUGCGGACCUGGAAACAAAGCUAGAGAUUAUUCCGAUUUGGGUUUCCAUUCUAAAGAAGAUAUUUGUUGUAGAGAGCACGAUAUGUGUCCUAAAUCUUUAUCGAAAGGAGAAUGUAAACAAGGCAUUUGUAAUAAUUCGUUAUUUACCAGGUCUCAUUGUGAUUGCGACGCGGCUUUUAGGAAAUGUUUACAGAACGUAAACACGGAAACCGCCAAUACGAUCGGCGCCAUCUUUUUCAACAUAGUUCAAGUGAUCUGUUUCAAAGAGAGAACUCCAUGCACGCAAUGGCAGAGGAAUGGUUAUACGAAAGCGGAAGGUGACGCUUUAUGUUCCCAAAUUCAUUUCAGACCUUCGGAAAAAUAUGUACCUUUAAUGCCCCUACCUUAAAAUAAACUUACGAAACGUCACAAAAUUUUCCACAACAAAAGCAAUAUCAAAGGAAAAAUGAAAACUCCGUUAUAUGUACAUAGGAGAAGUUACCGAAGAAAUAUAAUCAAAUAGAUUAGAUAUAAUAGAUAAUUCUGUAUAAAACUAUUUGAAUAAGUUGUAUUUCAUUCGUGCGCUGUUUAAAUACUCUAAUAAUGUACAAUACAAUAACAAAAAAAAAUUCGGCUCGCCCCUGCCACCUAUCGAUAGAUUCUCAACUUAUACAUUUAUAACCUAUAGUUUCCUCCUAUUUUUGGUAUAUAGUAACACAAAUAGAAGUGAGAGGUCACCACGUUUGACGAUUUAAGAAUUAAUGUCAUCAGUAAUGUCAAUCUAGUUGAAUUAUUUAAGAAAAUAGCGAAAUUGUAUUUAUCGAUAAGAAAAUCGUUUGAUAUAAAUUCGUAGUAUUAUUUCGCUAAAAUAAAAAAGUUGUUAUAUAGUAUAGUAUCGACUGGUUAUUUACAUAUCUAUGUAGUCUAUUUUUUAAUAGUUUGUUGUUAAUAAAUCUGGAGCAAAUUA